UCGAGACUCGCCAUGGCCGUCCAAACGAGGGCCCUGGUGUCUGUGAAGUGGCUUGCAGAUGCUAUUAAAAGCAAUGGAAUCGGACGAAACCUCCGAGUUUUGGACACUUCUUGGUAUCUGCCAAAACUUCUGCGUAAUGCCAAAAGGGACUUCAAACAGACGCACAUUCCAGGCGCGCUCUUCUUUGACAUAGAUCACUGCAGUGACAGAAACACUCCCCUGGAUCAUAUGUUGCCUCCGGUUCGAAGGCUCACGGAAUAUGUCGGCGAACUGGGAAUCGGCAACGACACGCACGUUGUGGUCUAUGAUGCCAGUGAGCAUGGAGUUUUCUCUGCGCCGCGUGUCUGGUGGAUGUUCCGAGUGUUUGGACACAGUUCGAUAUCAGUCCUGGACGGUGGCCUUAAGAAAUGGUUGAGCGAGGGGAAUCCUGUCACUAACAUGAAGGCAAACGUGGAACCCACUGAGUUUCGGGCGACCCUGGAUCGGUCGUCGGUGAAAACUUAUGAAGACAUGCUGAAAAAUGUGGACACUAAAGAAUUCCAAGUUGUGGACGCGCGACCUGCAGGGAGAUUCCGUGGGAUUGACCCCGAGCCGCGAGACAACACCGAGCCCGGCCACAUCCCCGGCUCCUUCAGCAUGCCCUUCACCUCCUUCCUGGCCCCGUCGGGCGAGCUGCUGCCUCCGGAGGACCUGAAGGAGAUGUUCGCCAGGGCCGGCGUGGACCUGUCCAGGCCCAUCUGCGUGACCUGCGGCUCGGCCGUCACCGCCUGCCACGUGGCCCUGGCCGCCCACCAGUGCGGCCACCCGGGGGUCAGCGUCUACGACGGGGCCUGGUCCGAGUGGUACGCCAGGGCCUCGCCGGAGAACGUCAUCUCCGAGGGCAUGGGCAAGCACAGAUGAGAUGAGAUGAGGGACAAUGGACGAGACCAUGUGACUAAUGAAUGUCAAUAGACACACACACACACACACACACACACACACACACACACACACACACACACACACACACACACACACACACACACACACACACACACACACACACCAGCCUGUACUGAAAGUCAGUACACACACACACACACACACACACACACACACACACACACACACACACACACACACACACACACACACACACACAUCAAAGCUGUUUGUGCUCUCUCUGUUGUUGAGGCAGCCCUUAUUGAACAGUGUUGGAUGGAAAACACAGUGAAACGUCUGUUUAUUUUGGUCAUCU